UUCUCUUUCAUCCGCCAUGUCAUCUGUAUUCGUUGAAUCGAAGUUUCCUCGGUCUUUCUUGCCACUUUGCACUGCUCUGUCCAUCAGUUCCUUGUCGGACUUCCAGGUCAGGAGUAAUCUUUGUCGGCUUCUCAAAGGAUUCUGCUAUCCAGACUUCUGACUUUUCUAUUUAAUAUUCCUGAAUGCCCCUUUGUGACUGAGUUUCAUUUCAGACCGCAAAUGACCUCGAUGUCCACGAUGCCUUCUGUGGCGGACAUCCAAAGACCUCGAACCCCCGGUGGACACUCCUACUGUCAUAGAAGCAUCUUUUUAGUCAACAAUAUUCACUGCGCAUCAUGCGUCGCUUACAUUGAAGAGGUUCUAUCGCGAAUACCCGACGUCGGGGAUGUAGACGUCUCCAUUCUGACACAUCAAGUGUGCGUCUAUCAUGGAGAAGGGGCAACCUCUGCAGCCUUAGCCAAGGCUUUGAUCCAGGCUGCCUUCGAGGUUCAUCAUGUCACUGCCUAUAAUAAUGAAGGAAGUGUGAUAUCAGACAUCGAUACGACGCCGUGGCUCCAUCGCAACUCUUCAUCUUAUUCCAGUCCACGAGUUUUGCAUAUCCCCACCACGCCUGACAAGAGGGACGGACUUGGCACCGGAAGGACUCUACAUAUUGCAAAUUGCGACGCUUGCAGAAAGGAAGAGCUUGAGAAACUUUCUUCAUCAUGUCCGUCGGAAUAUGUGGCCUCACAGGAGAAAAGCCACCAGGGUACAUUCUGGCACCCUUCCGGUGGCUUGUCACAUAGUCCCAGUCUUAAACGGAGAGCGUCCGAUACAGAACAGCUUGUGUCUCAUUUUCUUUCGACGGAUAUCUCAGAAACUGACAUACUUCCCCCGGAUUCACCAAAUGAAUUGUCGAGGCCGGCAUCAGCUCGCCCUCAACAGACGCAGACCGAGAAGUUCAACGCUGUCUUGAGCAUUGGAGGGAUGAGCUGUGCGUCAUGUGCCAAUAGCAUUACGAGUCAAGUCGAACAGUUGGAGUUUGUCCAAGACAUCACGGUCAAUCUUCUUACAAACAGUGCGGCAGUCAGCUAUGACGGCCCCCAGUCAAAUAUCGAUAAAGUUGUUGAGCAGAUCGAGGAGAUCGGCUUCGAAGCCUCGGUCGGCGAAGUUACUCCUGCCUCAACAUCUAAACAAGUGACAAAGAGUUAUAUCACCGAAAUUUCCAUCGAUGGCAUGACUUGCGGCUCAUGCGUUGGAGCUGUUACGCGCGGAGUCGAAGAGCUUCCUUUCGUUGUCAGGGUGUCUGUCAAUCUCCUGUCACACAGCGGGCAGGUUGAGUUCCAUGGCCGGGAAAACUUGGAUAGCAUUGUGCAAAAGAUUGAAGAUUUGGGCUAUGACGCGUCUGUAACUAGCGUCCAUGCUGUGGCUGCCAACGACGAUAGCGAUGAGUCUACGGCGAGAAAUACGAGAACAGUAUUUAUCAGAGUGAAUGGAAUGUUCUGCCAUCAUUGCCCUGACAAGGUUUUGGGAUCUUUGCGUGACUUGCCCGAUCCCUCGCUGGUAAUCGAGAAGCCUCUAUCCGUCAAAGAUCCCGUUCUGAAAAUCACCUACGUUCCUCAUCCACCGGCAGUCACUAUUCGCAGGAUCCUCUCUACUAUCGAGGAUGCGAAUAAUGCUUUCAAAGCCACUGUUUAUCAUCCACCAAGCAUUGAGGAUCGUUCUCGUGCAAUGCAGUUGCAUGAAAGACGUCGUCUUCUUUCCCGCCUGCUCUUUGUUUUCGUCGUGACAAUUCCGACCUUCCUAAUCGGCAUAGUGUUUAUGAGCCUGGUACCGUCAUAUAAUAGGAUUCGUAUGUACCUGGAGCAUCCUAUCUGGGCUGGGAACGUCACUCGCAUAGAGUGGGCACUUUUCAUCAUGGCGACGCCGGUCAUGUUUUAUGGGACGGAUGUAUUUCAUGUUCGAGCUGCAAAAGAGAUUUACGCUUUGUGGCGCCCGGGUAGUCGCGUCCCAAUUCUGAGAAGGUUUUACCGAUUUGGCAGUAUGAACCUUCUAAUAUCUGCGGGAACCAUGGUGGCUUACAUCGCGUCAUUGGCCGUACUCGUCAUUGAUGCUGUUGAGGCUACACCGACAAGCACCCACAGCUCGACCUAUUUUGACACAGUGGUCUUCCUGACCCUUUUCAUUCUCGCUGGACGCUUCAUGGAGGCCUACAGCAAAGCCAAGACUGGCGAUGCGGUUACGUCGCUUGGAAAGCUAAGACCAUCAGAAGCCCUGCUAAUUGGCAGUUCACACCCCUCGUAUCAAAACAUCUCGGUCGAUUUUAGGGCAGACGGGAUCCAAAAGAUUCCUCUCGAUCUGUUAGAGGUAGGCGACGUUGUUCGCGUUCUCCAUGGCACUUCACCCCCAGCGGACGGCAUAGUCAUGGGUGAUGGUUCCUACCAGUUUGAUGAGAGCUCGUUGACUGGAGAGUCCCGACCUGUUAAGAAGACGACUGGCGACCAAGUCUACGCUGGGUCUGUCAACAUCGCUCAGCCAGUUCAUGUACGGAUCACCGAGAUUAGCGGCUCGUCGAUGCUGGACAAAAUCAUAGCGGUGGUUCGUGAAGGCCAGACUAAACGCGCCCCUCUGGAAAGGGUUGCAGAUACAAUCACUGCUCAUUUCGUCCCCACGAUUACUCUAAUUGCCAUAGUCACCUUUGUUCUUUGGCUCUCUCUUGGUGAGUCAGGGGUGCUACCUGCUGAUUACCUUGAUAUCGCCCGUGGAGGCUGGGCCUUUUGGAGCUUGGAAUUUGCUAUUUCCGUUUUUGUAGUUGCCUGUCCCUGCGGCCUGGCUCUUGCUGCCCCAACGGCGUUGUUUGUGGGUGCAGGGUUGGCCGCUAAGUCUGGGAUUCUGGUGAAAGGCGGCGGAGAAGCCUUUCAAGAAGCCAGUCGUCUCAACGCCAUCGUUUUCGAUAAAACUGGCACUCUUACAGAGGGAGGCAGUUUGAAGGUCUCGGACCAUGAAGUUAUGUCUACGGACCCGGAGGAAUCACAAAUUGCAUGGCUCCUUGCUCGGAAGCUUGAAGAGAAUAGCAAUCACCCGAUUGCUAAAGCCGUACUGGAGUUCUGUUGCAGCGUUGAGACGUCGUAUAUGUCUGUGGCCUCCGCAGAGAUGCACGAGAUUGCUGGGCAAGGGAUGAAAGGUGUCUUUACAGUAUCGAGUGAUGGCCAGAAACAAACGGUUAGGUAUGAAGCUGCUAUCGGGAAUGAGCGCCUUCUCAAGGGCCUUGCAUCACCAGACUUGGACACUUACUAUCUCUCCACGUUGCUUUCCAAAUACCAGUCGUCAGGGAAAUCUACUGCGAUUCUCUCGCUGCGGAGGAUUGACGACCAGUCUCACAAUUUCCUUCCGUCAAUUGUCUUCGCGACGUCAGAUCUGAUCCGCCCUGAGUCUGCGCAUGUCGUGUCUCAACUACAAGAACGGCAUGUGGAGGUCUUCAUGUGUACGGGAGAUAACCAGAACACCGCAUAUGCCGUGGCAGAUAUGUUGAAGAUUCCGCGCUCCAACGUGAAGGCCAACGCCCUACCUGCCGACAAGGCCGAUUUUAUCCAUCAGAUCCAAGACGGUGGGACUUCAUCUUCGUCUGUGGACCAGUCACUAGCGGAACAUUCUCAGGGCCAGGGCGAGAAGCAACGAAAUGGACCAUUACGUCCAAUUGUCGCAUUUGUGGGUGAUGGCGUCAACGACGCUCCCGCCCUUGCGGCAGCAGAUGUCAGCAUUGCCAUGGCAUCUGGCUCGGAUGUGGCUAUCAAUUCGGCAAGCUUUAUUCUCCUGAACUCAAACCUCAGCACUAUUUUGCAGCUCGUCAUUCUCAGUCGCCGCGUCUUCAAUCGUGUCCGCAUGAAUUUUGGGUGGGCAAUCGUGUAUAAUCUUUGCCUGGUGCCGAUUGCGGCGGGCGUCUUCUAUCCUAUUGUGUCCGGACAGCAACAUGGCAAUAACUUCAAUGAUUCCAUGAUGGUCAACAAACAUUGGAGGUUAGGUCCCGUGUGGGCUGCACUUGCGAUGGCACUUAGCAGUGUCUCGGUUAUCAGCAGCAGUUUGGCUUUAAGAAUUGAGAUGAGAGGUCUAUUAGGAAAGAUAUUUAAAUGGAAACAGAAGUGAGUCAUGAUAUGGUGCUUUUUUUGGUAUAAAUAGUCUACAUCUGAUGGUUUACUAUGUCUGGUGGAAUAAGUGACGGUUAGUCUGAGCAGUGUCACCAUGUAACCCCAGUGAUCAAGGUGAGAUUGCGAACAACAAAGCCGGUUCCAAGGCUCCCAUUUAUCUUUGCUCUGGUCAAUAUAAUGGCAUUCCAACUAUUUUUAAACUAUACUUCCAAGACAAUUUCUGCUUCUACUCAGA